CGACGGCAACAAUAGCCACGAGGGAAGCCCUGACAUCUGCGAGGAUCUGGAGAUGUCCGGCGAGAUCGGCCCAGGAUUUGGGAAAACAACUGGACUGGCCAUUGCCACGCUUGUGAUGAGAGCCUCGCAGGGCAAAAUAUAUGGAAGCGCAUCGUCCAACGUUGCCGUCGACAACUUCGCCGAGCGCCUUUCA